GAAGUGCAUUACCCACCUGCCCUGUGCAGGAGUUGCCCUUCCGAGCUCUGACGGCCAUUCCUUCUCCAUACCUAGUCUCCGCUUCGGUCUUUGGGCUACACUGUGUCUACACAAGGGCUCUUCUUGAUGAUCGUGAUUAUUUCUUCCGUUCACCGACACCGAGCCUGCCAACUGUUCAAUGGCAAGUACCGUCGUUUCUCUUCUUGUUACUGUCCAGUAUCAGACAAUCCAGUGCUUAACACCGGAAGAUACACUUUUUUAUCGUUUCUUCACGCUGUUAGCUGCACACACCCUUUCGGCUUCGCACCUUUCCUUCCCCUCACUAUUCUCCACCAAGAUGUCCACGGCAACAUUUACCCCCCCCCCCCCUUCGGGCAGAGAUGUAGCCUACUCUACUGAAUGUGGGAGGCCAACUUCUUGCAAGUGCCUGCCGUCUACUCGCCUUACCCUUUUCUUUCCUCCCUUUAUGGUCGUUCACCUAUACCCCAUUUUCUAUUCCCCCUACUUCCGCCUAUGAGAUGGCCUCCAAUCUUGCAGGUUCCUCAUACCCUACCUGACCCAUCUCUUACUACUUCCACCUCGACGCUUAGUCUGUUCUCCACCCUACUUGUGAGGCUGCUCUGAGAUUCGUGCAUGACUUUUGACAAUGUGGCUCUGUGGCUCCUUGUCGUUU